GUGUUGCAGUAAAAGUGCAUUGCCUACAGAUGACGCAUCAACACUGCAAUAAGAUGAAUUUCUACUGAAAUAUUUUGAGGCACGAAAUUUCUCUUUCUGCUGCCUUUGCUCUCCAAAAGAAAUUGCUGUACCAUUCACUCGUGAUGAUAAAUGGGAACAAUUUUCAGCAAUAAAUCACAUUAAACGUAAUUAUAUGAUUUUAAAAAUGAAUGACACUCACAGUUUACUCCUUCAGCAAGCGUACAUGGCUGAAUUUGAUAAUCCAUUCACAUUUAUGCUAGUGGGAGCAGCUGAAAACGGCUUUACAGCUGAAGCUGAGGAUUCAAUUAAGAAGGGGGCAGAUGUAAAUGGAAGUAACAAAAGAAUAAUAAAACGACCACUGAAUUUAGCAUCAGAAAAUGGACAUACAGAAAUUGUUCGUUUAUUAAUAAACAACGGCGCAAAUAUAGAAGAUGUAAAGUCUUAUUUUUUACCUCUAGAAUCAGCUGCAAAGAAUGGUCAUACAGAAAUUGCUGCAUUGCUGAUAGAGCAUGGAGCGAAAAUAAACAAAACAGGAGGUUUUCAAAUGUCAGCUUUACAUUUAGCCUCUCAAAAUGGACACAACAACACUGUAAAGAUGCUUAUUCAAAAAGGGGCUAAUGUAAAUCAUAUCCCUGUUAAAGGAUUUGAACCUGCUCUUAUGAUGGCCGCAAGAAUGGGUCAUACAGAUGUGGCUGAGACGCUAAUAGAAGUGGGAGCAAAUAUAGAUUACCAAAACAAUCAAAACUUUAGUGUUUUGGAAACAGCUUUAAUGUCUGGCAAAACAGAUGUAGCAAAACUUCUAAUAGAAAAAGGAGCAAAAAUUGAUGGUGCGUUUAUGCAAGCCUAUAAAAAAAAUUGUACAGAAGUUGUUGACAUCUUACUAAACAAAGAAAUUGAUGUAAAACAUAAAGAUAAAUAUGGAAAGACUCUGUUAAUGAUAGCGGCAACAUGUGGAAAAACAGAGCUGAUGUCUAAUUUGAUAGACAAAGGGUCUGAUAUUGAUGAGAAGGACAAUGAGGGAGUGACUGCACUAAUGUCUGCCUCAAGUAUUGGUUGUUUGAAAGCUGUAGAAAUAUUAAUAGAGAAAAAAGCUCACGUAAAUGAGAAAUCAAAUGAUGGAAGAUCACCUUUAAUGUUUGCAUGUUCAUCAAAUCUUCAAUGUAAAGAUGUCAUUGAAAAGUUAAUUGAACAUGGUGCAUACAUAAAUGAAAGAAACAAAGAUGGAAAGACAGCUUUAAUGUAUGCAUCCAUGUAUGGGUGUACAGGUAAGGUGGAAAAGUUAAUUGAGCAUGGUGCCAAUAUAAAUGAAAGAUGCAAAGAAGGAUGGACGGGCUUAAUGUAUGCAUCACAAGGAUGCACAGAUACUGUAAAACUUCUUAUAGACAAAGGUUCAGAUUUGAAUAUAAAGGCAAUCAACGGAGAUACCGCUUUAAUUUUAGCAACUAGAUGUGAAAAAACAGAAAUAGUUGAAGUACUACUGGAUAAAGGCGCUGAUGCUAAAAUUCAGGGUAAAGAUGGUUUUUCAGCUCGACAAAUAGCGAUGAUACAUUUUUCAAGUCAAAAUAUUUUGAAAAUGUUUGUCGAGAAAAAAUCUGUUAUGUCUACAAAUGCUGUAAAACAUUAAGAAGCUCUUAAUAAACCCAUAAGGACUGACAUAAUGGCAACAGGGCAUGACAAACACAUCUCCCAGGAUAAAAGUAGACCAAAACAAUCUGGACACUCUGAUGACGUUUUAAAUAGUUUAUCACAAGAGCAAAAUGAAUUAUUUGAGUGGAAAAACUGAUGGCAACCUUGAAACAACAAGUUCAGUUACACAAGAGAAUGAUGAAAACCUUGAAAUAACAAGUUCAGUUACACAAGAGAAUGAUGAAAACCUUGAAACAACUGGGCGAGUUACACAAGAGAAAGAUGAAAACCUUGAAACGACUGGGCGAGUUACACAAGAGAAUUAUGAAAACCUUGAAACAACAGGUUCAUUUACACAAGAGAAUGAUGAAAACCUAGAAAUAACAAGUUCAGUUACACAAGAGAAUGAUGAAAACCUUGAAAUAACAAGUUCAGUUACACAAGAGAAAGAUGAAAACCUUGAAAUAACAAGUUCAGUUACACAAGAGAAAGAUGAAAACCUUGAAAAAACUGGGCGAGUUACACAAGAGAAUUAUGAAAACCUUGAAACAACUGGGCGAGUUACACAAGAGAAAGAUGAAAACCUUGAAACAACUGGGUGAGUUACACAAGAGAAUGAUGAAAACCUUGAAACAACUGGGCGAGUUAUACAAGAGAAAGAUGAAAACCUUGAAACAACUGGGCGAGUUACACAAGAGAAAGAUGAAAACCUUGAAACAAAAGGUUCAUUUACACAAGAGAAUGAUGACAACCUUGAAACAACAGGGCGACUUACACAAGGGAAUGAUGACAACCUUGAAUCAACAGGUUCACUUACACAAGAGAAAGAUGAAAACCGUGAAACAGUAGGUUCACUUACACAAGAGAAAGAUGAAAACUUUGAAACAACAGGUUCACUUACACAAGAGAAAGAGGAAAUCAUAUUGUGUGAAACGCAUCACAAAAGCUCCACUCAAUCUAAAUAAGUUGUAAAGUUAUUUCUCUACCACUUUUAAAGUGGCAAGAAUACAAAAUACUUUUAAAAUUCAUGCAUAUUUCAUUUUUUGGUAGAUUAUAAAGAUGACAUAUCAUUUAAAGAAUUUUUUCAAAGAGUUUUGCUUCCAGUAUAGAUUUCUGUAUCAAGCUAUGUGUCGUUAUUCACAUAAGUUGUUUUAAAGUUGUUUUUUAAAUAGGGUUGUAUGCAGUAUUUUUAUUUAAAAUGUAUAUUUUUUUUAUUAUUGAAAGUGAAAAUUGAUGAAGAAAGUUUUAUUCAUUUUAAUAUAUUAGAGUAAAAAGUGUUUAACUUUAUCACAAGACUGUUAGGGACUUGAUUGUAUAGUGUGAUUGCGUGUUGGUUUGAGAUGAUGUGUGUUGUUUUAUCUGUUAUUGUUAGUAUCUUGUGACGUAUUGUGUGGAAAGGAAUAUGACUUAUUAGUAUUGUAGAUGGUGGUAGAGUGUUGUGCUUUGAGUACGGUAAUGGCAGUUGAGGACUUAGUAGGAUGAAUAAAGAUAUUUUAUACAAUAAUUUAUAGUUGUGAAGUGUAUAUAAUAAACCCCUAGACAACGAAGCCAACGAACCUAUUAAGCAAGAAUAGGUUUGUAACAUUUGGGAGGUUCGUCCGCGAUUGGGCGCCUAUAUACUGCCGUGCCUGCAUACUGAUGUAUACGUAUGCUGCUGGUCCUGUGCCCCGCUGGGUUUGAAUCCUGCUAAACCUGCAUCCUGCGACUGCCACAUGCUGCUCUACUGUAUCCCGGUUUGACUUUAGGCCGAUGUCUUGCCUGUAUCCUGCUUGGCCAGAAUCCCACUGGGCCUGUAUCCUGCGACAAUCGUAUGCUGCUGUGCUGUUUCCCGGUUUGACGUUAGGCCGCUGCCUGGCCUGUAUCCUGCUUGGCCAGUAUCCCACUUGGCCUGUAUCCAGCGACCAUCGUAUGCUGCUGUGCUGUUUCCCGGUUCGACGUUAGGCCGCUGUCUUGCCUGUAUCCUGCCGGGCCAGUAUCCCACUUCGCCUGUAUCCAGCCAUCAUCGUAUGCUGCUGUGUUGUUUCCCGAUUUGUCGUUGGGCCGCUGCCUGGCCUUUCUCCUGUUUGGCCACUAUCACACUGGGCCUGUAUCACUCUGUGACUGCAUCCUAACGUUACUCUUUCCUGCUGUGCACUGUGCUGUACCCCUAUUUGACAUUGUACUCAUGCCAGUUCAGUGACAAUUAUUGUGCUCCAGAGAUCCGUGAGGGACAAGAUAAAGACUUACGUUACUUAUUUUAUUUGUGCUCUCUUUAUAGUUAGGUAAGAUUUUUUUUCAUAAACAUAUAUAGAUAGAUAGAUAUACAUACUUUUUUGUGUUAGAUAACAUAUUUAAAUGUAUUAUUUUAGUCUGUUGUAUUGGACCCUGCUCAAUUUUAAACUUAUGAUUAUAAACAAUGGAAACAACGAGUGUAGAUGAAACCUAUAUGUUGGAACUACGAGAGUUUGGAGAGGACCUGGGUUAUAAAGACGAGGCUCUUACUAGGUGGGUGGAAAGGAAACUGAUAGAAACAAAAUAAGCUAGAAAGGGAGGAGAGGGAUAGAGAACGAGAUAGACAAGAUAGGCUAGAACGGGAAGAACGAGAUAGACAAGAUAGGCUAGAACGGGAAGAACGAGAUAGACAAGAUAGGCUAGAAC